AUGAAGUACCUUAUUUUUUUCUCACUCUGUCUUGUGCUAUGUUUCUCUCUCACUUUCUUGGCUCUAUCUUUCCUUUUUCUAAUUUUAUUUUUCUCUUUCUUUCCCUUCUCUGUUUUUAUUUUUCUCUUUCUUUGCUUUUAUUUUUCUCUUUCUUUCUCUCCCAUUUCUCGCUUUCGUUCUCUCCCAUUUCUCGCUUUCGUUCUCUCCCAUUUCUCGCUUUCGUUCUCUCCCAUUUCUCGCUUUCGUUCUCUCCCAUUUCUCGCUUUUUCUCUCCCAUUCUCCCUUUCGUUUUCCCAUUUCUCGCUUUCUUCCCAUUUCUCGCUUUCGUUUUCUCGCUGUUUUCUCCCAUUUCUCGCUUUUUCUCGCUGUUCCUUCCCAUUUCUCUUCGUUCUUCUCGCUUCGUUCUCUCGCUUCUUUCUCCCAUUUCUCGCUUCCGUUCUCUCCCAUUUCUUUUUUUUCCCAUUUCUCCUUUCUCUCUCUCACCAUCUUGCCUCUUCAUUUUUUUUCUCUCUAUUUUCUGUGUUCUCACUCUUUUUUUUUCAUAUUUCAAUGAUUCUUUCAACAGGUUCUUUUCAUUUUGUUUAUAUUAACUCUCUUUAUAUUUGGCAUUCUACCUUUAUUUCUCUUUCUUUCCUUAUUUUCUUGAAAAUCUUUUUUCUUUCUGCCAAUCUUUCUCUCUCUUAUUCUUUGUAA